ACAUACAGAGUAUAAAUACAGCUCCGUACCACAAAUCAGGAUGUCUAUCUAAAAUCCUUUACCAAAAUUUCCCUCCACGACUUGCAAAAAUCUUUAGAUGGACAAUCAAGCCCCAUCUCCCUCCACUACCACCACUUCGCUGCCUUCUCAACCAUCACCGCAGCCGCAGCCGCAGCCGCAGCAGCCACUGCAGCAGCCUCCAUCCCCGGCACUUCAAUCGCCAGCACCACCUCAGCAGCAGCAGCCGCAGCUGCUGCAGCAACAACAACAACCAACACCUGCAUCUCAACCGCAAUCCGCGUCGGCCGUUCCUGCAAGCCCUUCUCAAAAACCUAACCCUAACCCUAAACCCUCAGCUUCUACUACUACAACUACUACUACUCCACUCAUUACUCAGCCACAGUCUCAACCACACACAACCUCUACUACUACUGCUACUAAUACUAGGCCACCACAACUGCAUAGACCAUGGCCAAACCCACAUCCACACUUUUCACAUUUCUCUUCUAUUCCUUCUUCUUCAUCUUCUCCCUCUGUUUCGCCUCCAAUUCCUGCUACUCUCCAGCCAAGGGGCGGCGUAGGUGGCGUUACUAUUGGUGUUCCCGCCCCUUCUCCUGGUCCUCCUUUUACCUCUACUCUUGGACAGCAGUUCACGGCUAAUUCGCAGGUGAGGCCAGGAAUGGGGAUGAUGGGAUCAAUGAAUACAUCAAGUUCCCAAAUUAGGGCAAAUCAUCAACAGAGACCAGCACUUCAAUCACCUGUUCUUAGACCAUCUAAUAAUCACUCUUCUACCACCCAUAAUUUCCAAGGUCAGGGUUAUAUCAGACCCUCUCUGGUAGGUUCUGGUUCUCCAGCACCAAACACAUCACAAAAUUUGCAGUCCCCUAAUCAGCCAUGGUUGUCGUCAGGAUCUCAAGGCAAACCUCCACUGCCGUCCCCAUCAUAUAGACCACAGAUAAACUCACCAUCUUCUUUGCAACAAAGAUCGCAUAUUCCUCAGCAACAUCAAUCCCUUCCAACAAAUUCACAGCAGCAGCACAUGUCACCUUCACAACCACAUCAGUCCUUAACAUCACAUCCACCAUCUGAACAUCUUGGGCAACAAUUUCCACCGACAAGGGGUCCACGGUCCAUAACACAACAGCUUGCUCUUCAAUCUUUACCUAAUCAAAAGCCUUCAUCCUUAGCCGUGGUUCAUCCCAGCCCUGUAGCCAACACCGUGUCAAAUACUGUACAGCCAGGGACUCUGAAUAGAACAGCUAUUCCAGAAAGUGAUGAAUCUGGUAACCGCAUUCUUAGCAAAAGAAAUAUCCAUGAGCUAGUUACCCAGAUUGAUCCAUCUGAGAAAUUAGAUCCUGAAGUUGAAGACAUUCUUGCGGAUAUAGCUGAUGAAUUUGUUGAAUCUGUGAGUAUAGACAACCUAUGCACGUGUUUGCUUGUGCAUGUGAUGCACAUACGGAUGAUUACAACAUUUGGUUGCUCACUGGCCAAGCAUCGAAAAUCCGAUACACUGGAAGCAAAAGACAUACUUCUACAUCUUGAGAGAAACUGGAAUAUGACACUUCCAGGAUUUAGUGGUGAUGAGAUCAAGACCUACCGGAAACCGCUUACAAGCGAUAUUCAUAAGGAACGCCUUGCAGUGAUAAAGAAGUCGAUCUUGGCAUCUGACAUGGCUAGUGCUAAAAGCUCUGUUGGACAAGCUGCUGGAAAUGCAAAGAGCAAUCUGACAAGGACACCUGCAAAUGCCAUGAUCUCUCCUAACUUAAAAAUUUGAUGAGUUACUUAAAAUGAUCAGCACUGGUGUUGGAUGUGAGCAGGUUUUUUGGCUAGAAAGGUGAAAUUUUGGCGGAGUGACGACAUGUUGUCAUGAAGAUGUUUUGCUUCAAUUGAGACAAGGCAUGUGUAUCUAAUUUUUGUCCAUCAAACAUGCUACCAAGAGUGAGAUUGGGUAGGCAUAAAAUUGCCUGAAUCAGUAACUUAGGAGAGCAGUUGUAUUUGUGUAGGAGCGGGAAGUCUUGACAGGCGUUCUAAUCAUCAGGAGCCUACCUUUUGUGGCGAGGGAAAUAGGGGCAACUCGUGCUUGCUUAGUUUUAGUGCUAAUGAUAUCACUUCUUCAUUACAAGUUGCUCUAGCUAACGAUUAACUAACGCAUUCUUUGCAUUAUUUUGGAAGUAAAUAGGAGGUAGAAGCGGUUGCUAUUAUCCUACAAAACGAUAUAAUCCUGUGGACCGGUUAAGCUAAUCAUUUCAAGAAAGAAAUUAUUAUUGUAAAGAGCCCAGCAUCCUUUGUGCACUUAAAACUGAUAUAUGACUCAGCUAUAUGUUCAAAUCAGGUUAGGUUGCUGCAAUUUCUUCAUUUUAACCUUGCGAGUGCAAUUUGCAGAAUUUGAAUGUUUUCUUUGGAUGAUGAUGAAGUUUUGGUCCACUCAGCCACAUUGUUAUUUAUAUCUUUUCCCUGUAAUUGGAGCAGAUAAUUUAGUUUAAUAAUAGGAAUA